AUGUCCAACGCCAACAAGCGCAACAAGUUCGCCGAGCUGCGGGCUCUGCGCCAGGCCGGCAAAAAGGUCUUCGACACGUACCAGGUGGCCGAGGUUGAGGAUCUGUACGAGGAGGUCGACGAGAACCAGUACAAGAAGAUUGUCCGCGCCCGUCUCAACCAAGAUGACUUUGUCGUUGACGACAAUGGCGAAGGUUAUGUCGACGACGGCCGCGAGGAAUGGGACCACGAAGAGUACUAUUCGGACGAAGAUGACGAGGUCUCCGUACGCGGCAAAGACCGAAAGAACAAGAAACAGCGUGAGCAGGAGCAGGCAAAGCGGGAUGCCUCCGACCGCGACAUCACCGAAUACUUUACCAGGGGCGCUGCAAAGCCCCAGAAAAAGCCGAAGCCCGUGAAAACGGAAGAGGACGAGAAGUUCUUGGCCGACCUUCUGGGCGAGGUUGACGCCAAUGUCCCGGCUCCGCUGCCGAGGAUACCAAAGAAGAGAGACCGCUCUGCCGAAAGGAGAAAGGUCCGAGCUCUUUCCCCCUUGCCGGAAGCACGGCCACCAGUGGCCAAAAGAACGAAAAUGCUGGACGGCAGUGCCUCAUCGCCGCCUGCCAUCCAUGACGCUGCCAUGAUUGAGGACGACGGGUUCAUCCCGUCCGUUGAGUCCGAGCCGGCUGCGGCCCCCAUGAGCGACAUCGUCAUGGAGGAGCCGGAGCUUGAGCCACUGCCCUCGUCGCCGGUCUCUAAGGUUGUCCAACGCAGGACCCAGGUCAAGAUCGAGCCCGACGACGACGUGGAUGACCUGAUGGAGGUCGCCCAUGCCGGUGCUGUCACCACGACUAGUGUCAAUUUAUCCGGCUCUCGGCAGGCAAGGAAAAUCCCAAAGCCUGAGCCACACUCGGUCCCUGCUAGCUCCUCACCAGUUAGGCCUUCCGAGCCCGAAGUCGACGCAUCUGCGUGGAAUAGCAUCAACCAAAAGCUUAACGUUGUCAGCAGCUCCCCGACCGAGGCUAAGACGUUUGGGAAGAUCCACUACACGGAUGCUAUCGAGGAGGAUGGUAGCCUGCACUUCUACUGGACCGACUACACGGAACUCAACGGCAGUCUGUGUCUGUUUGGCAAGGUACUCAACAAGAAGAAGAACCACUACGUGAGCUGCUUUGUCAAGGUCGACAACAUCUUGCGCAAGCUUUACUUCCUUCCUCGCAAAUAUCGUAUGCGCAACGGCGUCGAGACGGAUGAGCCCGUCGAGAUGAUGGACGUCUACAACGAAGUCGACGCCCUCAUGACCAAGCUGGGCGUCGAUAUGCACAAGAUCAAGCCCCGGAAAAAAAAGUAUGCCUUCGAACUGCCGGGAAUACCCUCGGAAGCCGAGUAUCUCAAGCUCAUGUAUCCGUACACGAAGCCGCAGAUCGAGCUCGGAAAGACUGGCGAGACCUUUUCGCACGUCUUUGGCACCAACACAGCUCUUUUUGAGCAAUUCGUGCUUUGGAGGAACAUCAUGGGGCCCUGUUGGUUGAAGAUCGAGGAUGCCGACUUCGGCGCCCUCAAGAACGCUUCGCACUGCCGCUUGGAAGUUCUGGUCUCGCGUCCCGAUUCGAUCUCCCCUAUCGGCGAUAGCGAGUCCACCGAUGCGCCCCCCUUAACCCUCAUGAGUGUCGCCAUACGCACCAUCUUCAACGCCAGAGACAAUAAGCAAGAGAUCUUGGCCAUCAGCGCCCGCAUCUACGAGGAUGUGUUGCUCAACGACACCACACCUGCCGACAAGCUCCCCUGUCGUACCUUCACCGUCAUCCGUCCGCAGGGUGCCACAUUCCCUAUCGGUUUUGAGAAGUUAGCCAAGGAGCGGAAGAAGGGCCUCAUCAAGCUCAUGCGUCAGGAGUCCGAUAUGCUGUCCUUCUUCCUGGCACAGCUCGACAUGGUCGACCCCGACGUCAUUAUCGGCCACCAGUUGGAGGGUGUCGAUUACAGCAUUCUUCUGAACCGUCUGUACGAGAGGAAGACACACCAAUGGUCACGUCUCGGCCGGCUGCGGCGAUCUGCUUGGCCUGCGUCCAUCGGCAAGGUUGGCGGCAAUCUUUUUGCUGAACGCCAGAUCAUGGCUGGCCGUCUGCUGUGCGACUUGGCCAACGACGCCGGCAAGUCUGUCAUGUACAAGUGCCAGUCGUGGAGCUUGACCGAGAUGUGCAGUAUGUACCUUUCGGGUGACGAUAAUCGUCGCCGGGACAUCGACAACGAUGCCGCUCUCAAGACGUGGGCCACGAGCAAGGAGGGCCUGAUGGACUACAUCUCUCAUGCCGAGACGGACACCUACUUCAUCGCAGCUUUGGCCCUGCGCACGCAGAUUCUACCGCUGACCAAGAUCCUGACCAAUCUGGCCGGCAAUUCAUGGGCUAGGACGCUGACGGGUACGCGUGCUGAGCGCAACGAGUUUAUCUUGCUGCACGAGUUCAAAAAGGCCGGUUACAUCUUGCCAGACAAGAUACCCGCAAAGGGCCGCGCGCGUGUUGACGAGGAGAACCAGGACGAUGACGGCGGCGAGGGCGGCAAGAAGAAGGAUAAAUAUAAGGGCGGCCUUGUCUUCGAACCCGAAAAGGGCCUCUACGACAAGUACGUACUUGUCAUGGACUUUAACUCCCUGUAUCCAUCCAUCAUCCAGGAGUACAACAUUUGCUUCACUACUGUCGACCGAUCGAAUCUUUCUGACGACGAAGAUGCUGUUCCUGCCGUUCCGGGCAAGGACCGAGAUCAGGGCAUCCUCCCACGGCUACUUGGAAAGCUGGUCGAUCGCCGGAGAGAGGUCAAGAAGCUGAUGAAGACCCCGAGGGCUACGCCAGAGCAGCUGGCUACCUGGGAUAUCAGACAGCUUGCGCUCAAGCUGACGGCCAACUCUAUGUACGGCUGCCUGGGCUACACCAAGUCUCGGUUCUACGCCAGACCUCUUGCUGUGCUCAUUACAUACAAAGGCCGUGAGAUUCUUCGCAGCACUAAAGCCCUGGCCGAGAGCAUGUCCUUGCAGGUCAUCUACGGCGACACUGACUCCGUCAUGAUCAAUGCCAACGUCGACAACGUCUUGGCCGCAAUAGAGGUCGGCAAUAAGCUCAAGCAGGAAGUCAAUAAGCUAUACAAGCGACUUGAAAUCGACAUCGAUAACGUCUUUCGGCGCAUCCUGUUGCAGGCCAAGAAGAAGUACGCGGCUAUCAACAUGGUCGAAGAGAACGGCCGGUGGGUAGAAAAGAUGGAGGUUAAAGGUCUGGACAUGCGGCGCCGUGAGUACUGCCCGCUCUCGCGCGAGGUUUCCAAGCGCAUCCUUGACGAGAUCCUGUCGGGAGACGACACCGAGGUGUCCGUACAGCGCGUGCACAAAUAUUUGCGCGAAAUCUCGGCCAAGAUGCGCGAGGGUGCUAUCCCUCUGAAUAAGUAUAUCAUCUUGACCCAGCUCGGCAAGGCCCCAAAGGAGUACCCCAACGCCGACAGCAUGCCGCAAGUACAGGUUGCUCUGCGCGAGAUGGCCCGUGGCAAAGUCAUGCGCCGCGGCGACGUCGUCUCAUACAUCAUCACCACUAACAAGAAUAACACGUCCGGUAGCGAUAGUCUACCUCCCGCUAAGCGUGCUUACACUCCGCAGGACGUGAUGAAGGCCGACUCGGGUCUUGUCCCAGACGUUGAGUGGUAUAUCGGCAAGCAGAUAAUGCCGCCAGUGGAGCGGUUGUGUGCCAACAUUGUCGGCACUUCUGCCACGCAACUGGCAGAAAAUCUCGGUCUCGAUCCCAGACACUACGCCAACAACAGGUCUGCAGCCUACAAUACCGCCGACGCUGCUCGGGAUCUUGAAAUCCAUCCUCUUGAGUCUCAGAUCCCGGAUCAUAUCCGCUUCUCUAACUGCGCACGUCUGACGCUGCGCUGCCGCGCCUGCAAACACCUCUUCCCGUUUGAAGGGCUCCUCCCCCUGCCCGCCUCGGAUGCCCAGCAACAGAAGGAAGCAGCAGAGGAGCAAAACAAGAUCAUUACUCCUUCAGGCAUCCACUGCCCGUCUUGCUCGGCCCUCCUCCCCACGCUCACGCUCGUGGCGCAGGUCGAGACGGCCGUCCGCGCCCAGACAGCGCGCUACUACGAGACCUGGCUCACGUGCGACGACGCCUCGUGCGGCAACCGCACGCGUCAGAUGUCCGUCUACGGCACGCGGUGUCUCGGACCGCGCGGCCUGGCGCGUGACUGCCUUGGUCGCAUGCGCUUCGAGAUGGGCGAGCGCGAGAUGUACAACCAGCUGGUGUACUUCGCGGGGCUGUGGGAUGUCGACAAGGCAAGGAAGAAGGUGACGGAGGAGAAGAGUGUGAGCGAGGAGGAGAAGGAACGAGUCCUGGCUCUUGCUGAGCACAACCGCGAGCGGUUUGGGACGGUGAAGGGGGUGGUGGAUAAGUAUCUGGAGAAAUGUGGCCGACAGUGGGUUGCGAUGGAUACUCUCUUUGCCAAAUUGGGGUUUAUGCCAACAGUAUGA